GAAAUACGCAUUUAUUGGAUUUCAGCGAUCAACUAACUAGUCGAGAAAAUCAAAAGCAAAGUCGGUCCAAAUCACUAUGUACAGAUCUCCUGUGUUCACUGAAUUCAUGGCUUGUGUUAGGAACACACUCGUCAUCUUUGCAGCUUUACUUCUAAUCUACCAGAAGACAGCCACUUGCGAUUUCCUCUCUCCUCUUCUUUCUCCUGUGUUCGAUAAUAUAUGCCAGGAAGUGGAAUGUGGAAAAGGGAAAUGCAAACCAUCUUCAAACACAACUUUUAUGUAUGAAUGUGAGUGUGAAAAUGGUUGGAAGCAGUUUGAUCAUCACCUCAAGUUUCUCCCUUGCGUCACCCCAAACUGUACCUUUGAUCUCACCUGCGGUGAAGCAGCUUCUCCAUCACAGCCCAAAACGCCUCCUAAAGACAACAAUGCUUCAAUUUUCGAAGCUUGUCAUUGGGUGGAUUGUGGAGGAGGGUUUUGCAACAGUACAAUGCCGUUUUCAUACAGCUGCGAUUGCCGUGAAGGUUAUAGAAAUCUUAUGAACAUCACCACACUUCCUUGCUUCAAGGAAUGUGCACUUGGAAUGGAUUGCUUGAAUCUUGGGAUCCCUUUGUCAAACGCAUCGUCGUCUUCUCCACCUGCUCUGCCUGAUAGUAGCAAGAAUCAAGCACCAAGAUUGAAUGUUGGAGGAUCAUCGUUGUUGUGGAUGACAUCUCUGCUCUGUGUCUCUAUAGCACCAUGGAGGGUGCUCUACGUUUGAGAUCUUCUUUUUUUUUGUUUUUGAAUUUUGUGUAUAAAUUGAUUCCAUUUAUAUAUUUUUAUUGGGUAUUGUAUUGUUUUUAUAUUUUAUUUCCUUCUUUUUUGGUUUUUAUAUUGGUCAUCUUUUGUGCUCUAAGUGCAAGAUUAUCCGUGGUUUUUAAAGAAUCUCUUAUAAUUAAAAA